ACCACCUUCGUGGUAUAUUUCAUAACAUAAAAUAGCAUCUUUGUACUACUCUUCUUGUUCCCUCCUACCUACAAUGUAUUUGUUAUUGGUUAAAGUCAUAAAAACAAAUUAUUAUGUAAGAAAGUUUAAUUCCAAAUCUUCUCACAAAUAUUUACCAAAACAACAAAAAGGACUCUGAUUUAAUCACAAAAGCAAAAUUGAAGAGCCAGCAUCAUCAUCAUGGCAUUCCAAACCACCAUAAUCGGCCCUCAAUACUGUGCUCCGUAUCCGCUUGAUCUCGCCGUCGUGAAAAAGGUUAUGACAAUUUCAGACGGAAACUUCGCCGUCACUGAUGUCAACGGCAACAUUGUCUUCAAAGUUAAAGGAUCUCUCUUAACCCUCCGUGACCGCCGUGUCUUGCUUGAUGCCGCCGGUAACCCCAUCACCACCCUACGUCGCAAGAUAGUAACUAUGCAUGAUCGGUGGGAAGCUUAUAGGGGUGAAAGCACAAACGCUAAAAAUCUUAUAUUUACAUUGAAGAGAUCAUCUCUAAUCCAGUUUAAGACCAAACUAGAUGUGUUUUUAGCUAGUAACACAAAAAAACAUGUUUGUGAUUUUAAAAUCAAAGGUAGUUGGUUGAAACGAUCUUGCAAAGUUUAUGCUGGUGAAUCUAACAACAUUGUUGCUAAGAUGCACAAAAAGCACACUGUUAAGAGUAUUUUGAUUGGUAAAGACCAUUUCAUGGUCACAGUUUAUCCUAAUGUUGAUUACGCUUUCAUAGUGUCGUUAAUCGUGAUUCUUGACGAGAUUAACGCUGAUGAAGAGAAUGGUUGAUUAUAAUAUUAGUGUUUUAUAUUCAUGUUAUUUAAAAUUUCUGUCAAAUAUAACCAAUAAAAAUUGCUGUAAGUUAAAGGUAUAUUUAGGUCAUCAACUAAGGGUUUACAAAUUACAGAUAAAAGCUAUAUAUUGUUUUUGUUCGGACAAUAUCAAUUACGUUAGAAUUACGUUAAAAUGAGCUAUGUUUAUGAUGGUUGUUAAUUUUAUAAAAAAACGUGUCUAGGUCUUGAACAUGUUUGUAAAGGAGAGGUUGUCAUUUUGAGUUGUGACCAAGGGGUAUAGAGUUCAACGAAUAGUGUAAAUGCUUGCAAAAUUUAACACCAUAUACAUGUGGUCCAUAUCAUCUGUGUAACGACUAUCCGCGUCUUCGCCUUGUAACGACUA